AUGCAUCGACUUUUUGCUGAGCUGGAGCCAUCUGUAACCGUCACCGAGCAAAACCUGGCAGACCGAGUUCGGUAUAUCUUGCGCUCAAAUACAUUUGAUGUCACCGAACUCGAACGGCUACGACGUGAGGCUGUUCCUUCAUCGGGUGAAAAUGCUGCGGCUGAGGAUGCGGCGCCACAACUUGCUGAGCAAACGGCAAAUGUGGAUGCCGCCGUGAAUACGCCAGUUGUGGUUGAUGACGAUGAUGGAACAGUCGCCCAGGAACUGGAACUAGAGCAAAUGAGGAGUACAUUGGAAGAGGCGAUUGUGGAAACGCGCAGUACGACUCUCGAAAAUCGACCGCGACUUCCCCGUUUAGCCCUAAGCAAGCGGAAUCGGGCUGUCGUGAGGGCUCUGAACCCAAUGCUGGUUACCUAUUUGGAAGCCAGCCGGGACCUUUGCGAUACGGACUCAAUUCUUUUUGGCGCCGCACUGGCAGUCUGCCGUAUUAUAGGUGCCAAACUUUCCACGGCUGGACGCGCUACUGGACAAAGUAGUGCUAUUCCAGCCUGGAGAAUAAGAAUUGAAGAACGUAUCGCAAAGGCUAGGGCCCUCAUCGGCAGACUGAUAUGCUUCAGGUCAGGCAAUACCAGGCCAAGGAUUGUGCGCACCGUCAGGAUGGCGUUUGCUGGGACAAAUGUUAGUUUGUCCCAGCCGGAUAUAAUGCAAAAACUGACGGAGCGCAUAGACGACCUGAAGCAAAGAAUAGCUGCUUGGGGAAAGCGGAUUCGGCGAUAUACCGAGAGGUCGACACGGUUCAACCAGAAUCGUCUCUUCCAGAGUGAUCAGAAGAGGCUCUAUAAAUCAUUGGAGCGACCAAUAGUAAGUGGAACGGGCCCUGCACCAAAUCAGGCCGACAUGGUCGCAUUCUGGCGCAGCCUGUGGUCAGAGCCCGUAAACCACAACGAGGGCCCUUGGACGGAAGUUGUGGCGAGUCAGUGUGCGAGUAUUACGCCCAUGGACCCCGUCAUCAUAACGCCGGAUGACGUAGCUGAGGCGGUCCGUAGGGCCCCGAACUGGAAAAGUCCGGGGCUUGACGGGCUGCAUCACUACUGGCUGAAGGGGUUCAUGAUGUAUGAGAAUGGGAACGAGAAUGGAUAA